AUGAGUGGUAGAGGUGAACGAGGAAGAGAAAGAGGCGUCCCCAGAGGUCGAGGGGGUGCAGGGGGAAGUAGCAGAGGUUCGUCACCAAGUCGUGGGGGCCUAGGCCCACGCGGUGGGUCUCCCGCUCCUCGAGGUGGACCUUCACAGCGCAGAGGUGGUGGAGGAUUUCAAGGACCCUAUCUUCCUCACGGUGGUCGUGGAGGUGGACCUGCCGUGCCUGAACCGACAGUCCAAGCUCCACCAGAGGGACCAGCGAAUCUCGAUCCACGUAUAUCGUCCAUGCAGGCCGGAGUGGAAAAAUUCAAGACCGUCAGUCUAGUUAGAAAGGACCCCAAGAACCCACUUCGACCUGGUUUCGGCACGCUCGGCACUCCCAUCGUCGUACGCGCAAACUUUUUUGCCCUCAAGUUCCCAAGAGGGCUCAUUAUAUACGAUUAUCGAGUUGAAUUCAGCCCUACUACCGACAUAGGUCGACUCAAGGGCCGUAUUCUCGAUUUACUACUCGCAUCUCCUCAGUUCACCCGAUUCAAAGCUAUUGUUGCACAUGAUCGAAGUGAGAGACUGAUCGCUGCAAGAGAACUUCCCCAGCCCCUCUCUGUGGAUAUUCGCUUCGUCGAAGAGGGAGAGACGCAGGCGAGUGCAAAAGCGAAAACGUACACUGUCAAAGUCACGAAGACCGGGGAGCUCAAUACGGAUGCUCUCCACAAACACACGGAUGGUGAUCCCGCAUAUGUCGACAAGGACAUCGGCUCGCUUAUCUCCGCACUAAACCUCGUUGUUCAAGCGGAUGCAUCCCGAAAAGGAGCUCGGGUAGGAAAGAACCGUCACUUCUUUGAGCCAUCCGUGGGCUCCAUCGGCGGCGGGAUAGAGGCAUGGCGAGGAUUCUACGCCUCUGUCCGUCCGGUUUGGAAGAGCAUGAUGGUCAACAUCAAUGUAUGCAUGACUGCAUUCGUCGAGAGUAAGAAUAUGGCUACGGCUAUCAGCGAUUUUCAGAAAGGAUCGCGCGGUGCAAUUCCAGACCUAGGAAAGAUGUUUGGCAAGAGCGUCAUUCGGAUCAAAACGCUCCAUCUUGGAUAUCGCAAGCCAGUUCGCGGGAUUAUGGAUAAGAAACCCAGUCAGCAGACGUUUCCUUGCGCAGAGCUGGGAGGCACAGUGACAGUGGCGGAAUACUUUCGACGGAAGUAUCCCGACCACCCAAUCAAGUAUCCAGAUUUGCCUCUGCUCGAUAUUGGCAGCGACAAGCGGCCCAACUACAUCCCCGCCGAAUUUUGCGAAAUAGUGAAGGGACAGCCGUUUCGCGGGCGACUUAACGAUCGACAGACGUCGGACAUGCUACGUGUCGCUUGUCAGAACCCACAACGAAACUCGGAGCUGAUCCGCGGCGAAGGAUUCCUCAACCUGGCUCUCAACGCCGCAUGA